AUCCAGCCUUUUGCAUGUUCUUACUAUGGAAUUCAAAUCUGUUUUGUACAAAUGCACGUUUGAACAAAGUAACUUCAUUUGUGUGAAGUAUUGCUUUAGGUUUUCAAUAUCUGAAGAACAGUAUGUUCCAUGGGAAGCAAACGGGGUACUCUCCAGAGGUAUACUAUCACUUUCAUCUUGGGCUGUUUUGACUUCAGCUUAUGAAAGUCCAAUAGCAAGUAUCUGGAGGGGUGGAUUUAUGCUAUGAGAUAGCAAAACUGUAAAGAAAAAUGGCAGUAGUGGGAAAUUACCUGCUAAGUAGGGAAUACAGAAUGAUCCAAACAGUUCGUAGAUACGGCAAUUAAAAAAACCCUCAUCUGUACAUUUAAACGUUGAUUACAUCAAAAAAAUGCUUGAUUUUAUCUGCAAAACUGUACUUUUAGGGGUGGGGUGGGGAACCCUAGAUGCAACAUUCCAGGAAAUGUACAGGGUCAAGUGAGGGGGACAUGACUCUCUCCACUUCCACUUAAUUGCUAUAACUCAGGAGAUGAGCUCGGUCCGUAUGUACUAUUGAAUAAGGGGGUAGAGCAGGCUGUGUCCCUGGAAAAUUGGGAAUUCUAUCUGGUAAUAAAAUGUAAACUACGGCAAAAGGAGACAGUACAGUAAUGUCAUUUUUUUAGACGAAAAAAUAGAAGAGAUACAUAUAGUUCCAAGCAAAAACACUGUGGCUUGGUACCUGAGUUUAAUGGGGCUUACCAUCCAUGGGAGCUAAAAAUGGCUACCAUACAGCUGCAAACUCUUGAAGACCAGAUUUGCCUCAUCGCACUUUUAAAUGAUGUGUGAAUGUUUCAAAAACUGCAAUAAAAUUUUCACUUACACCACAUUUUUGAGCCUUCCCCCCCCCCAGUAAGGAGGUUACUGGUUUGAUUGGAACAUGAAAAGCAAACCUAAAUCUGGGUCAUGAAUUAUCACACCCAUCUUCUAUAGUACCCGCAUCCAGAAAGAUUUCACAGCUGAGCAAAGGCACAAAGGAUGGAUAUAAGUGCCACAUUCCCCACAGUGCCUCCAGCAGAGGGAUUUGGGAGUUCACAAGAUUUGUGACAUUUUCUCUGGGGUAUACUACCAGGGCUUUUCAGCUGAAUUCUGUUCUGGCACCUCUCAGGUAGGCACUAUAACAGAACCAAGGGAGGUGUUCAUAGUAAGUUCGGCACCUUUUCUGGAAAAGUAGCACUGUAUUAGUAUCACUCAUCUGUACAUUUUAAGUGUACAUUUUUAAUCUGUACAUUUUAAGUGUACAUUUUACGUCAGACCUCACCUGGAGUACUGUGUCCAGUUCUGGGCACCACAGUUCAAGAAGGAUACUGACAAGCUGGAACGUGUCCAGAAGAGGGCAACCAAAAUGGUCAAAGGCCUGGAAACGAUGCCUUAUGAGGAACGGCUUAGGGAGCUGGGUAUGUUUAGCCUGGAGAAGAGAAGGUUUUAGGGGUGAUAUGAUAGCCAUGUUCAAAUAUAUGAAAGGAUGUCAUAUGGAGGAGGGAGAAAUAUUGUUUUCUGCUGCUCCAGAGAAGCGGACACGGAGCAAUGGAUUCAAACUUCAAGAAAGAAGAUUCCACCUAAACAUUAGGAAGAACUUCCUGACAGUAAGAGCUGUUCGGCAGUGGAAUUUGCUACCAAGGAGUGGGGUGGAGUCUCCUUCUUUGGAGGUCUUUAAGCAGAGGCUUGACAGGCAUAUGUCAAGAAUGCUUUGAUGGUGUUUCCUGCUUGGCAGGGGGUUGGACUGGAUGGCCCUUGUGGUUUCUUCCAACUCUAUGAUUCUAAGUGAAUUUUCCUGGAUCCUAGAGGAGGUAGGUGAAGAGUUUAGAAGACCAGGAGAACUCCCGUGAGUGUUGGUAAAUUUGCUUUCCUAGAUCUACUUCCUACAUGGUUCUAAGAACAGGUGUGGAACAGAAUGUCACUCCCAACAGAAUUAGAUAUGAGAAACCAUGCCUCCAUAAGAUGUGGCAGACCCUUCCACCAUCCUCUUGAAGGCGGUUAAAGGCAAAGUAGCUUGAUCUUUCAGAGCCUUAGCGGCUUGCUUGUACCUUUUGAGACUGAGGAAAGCCUACAUUAUUGACGGUAAAAUUCGGGAGCAACCCAAAUUUGUAUCUUCUCUUACAGGCUCCGGGCAGAGCCUGUACUGUAAUACAAUAAUACAAAAUGGAAGUUUCUCUCCCCACUCUUUUCAAACUAAAUGCAUCUUGAAAGGCAUUUCAAACUACCAAACUAUCCUCCAAAGCUUUACAGGGAAGGAAUUCUGAAAGUGGUAGAGUAGAUGCCUAAUGUCUGCUGAAGUAGAUGGGAUGAUUUUUUUAAAAAAAGGCAAGUGCUGCUUCUUAAGAGGAGAGGGUGACCUGCAAGUUAUGUAAGGCCCAAGUUAUUUAAAGGGCUUUGUACGUCAUGGCCAACUCUUUGAAUGGUGUGCAGGAUAGGAACCUUGGUGUAAUAGUGCUCCCGGAUGGUCAGUCCCCUGUACAGUAAUCUGAGCUGUGUUCUGCAUCAUCUGACCUCCGUAACCCACAUAAAUCAGGCAAGUUAGGCAACUUAGUAUGACCACAUACUCUGCAUAAUUCUUUUAUUCAUCCUGCGCAGCAUCAAGAAGCUCUGCAAGGCUUGAGUCUGCCCCUGGCUUCUAGAGACCUUACUCAGCAACCACUCUGGCUUCUGAGAUUUCACCUUUCAAGCAUAUCUUUGUGGUUGUGUGUGCUAGGAACUUACUCUUUAUGUAAAGAGGGAGCGAGCACAUGCCCUCAUGUCCAGUGGAAUUGUUGUAUUCAGCCAACAUGGCAUGGGCUCAUAUAGUAGAGUUUCAAGGCACGGGCACUCGACCUGCAAAGGCAAAACUAAUACAUGCAACCCCCUAGUCUGCAGUACAAAGGCAAGAUUGUGUGGAUGCUAUUGCAGUUGCUACUAGGUCUGAAUUUGGAUAGCAAGUCCAAAGGCAUUUAAUGUUCUGAAAAGUGCCCCAAUCUACUCGGGCAGUUUGGUGGCUCCAUUACAACAAUGUGCUUAAAAUCCCGUAAUUGAAGAGUGCUUUCUAAAGCAAUACCUUACUUGUCAUCACUUGAGCUUUGAGUUAAGUGGAACUACUGCACCCAUUGGUCCUUUUCUAUUACAGUGGUACCUCGGGUUACAGACGCUUCAGGUUACAGCCUCCGCUAACCCAGAAAUAGUACCUCGGGUUAAAAACUUUGCUUCAGGGUGAGAACAGAAAUCAUGUGGUGGCAAGAGGCCCCAUUAGCUAAGGCGGUACCUCAGGUUAAGAACAGUUUCAGGUUAAGUACAGACUUCCAGAACUAGUUAACUUCUUAACCCAAGGUACCACUGUAUAAGUCUGUCAUCCAUGAUCAGCCACCUCUGCAACAGAGAACUGGGUAGCCAUGCUUACCUGCCCAGCUGCCCAGCACUGUUGCUUAAUGCCAGGCAAAACAACUCUCACCUAUGAUCUGAUCAUGGGUGAGGUGGCUGACCUUGUGCUCAUAACUGAGAUGUGGGUAGGUGAAUUGGAGGGCCCUGACCUUAGCUUGUGUUGCCCAUCUGGGUAUUUGGUGCAGCACCAGGCAAGAUUGGAGCAACAGGGAGGGGAUGUAGUGGUUGCUGCAUUAAAUUUCAUCAUCCGUGCCCAUUUGGGAGCUGGAUGUGAGGGUUUGUACCUUUGUUGGGUGGCAGAUACAGGACAGGGAUGUGGUUGGUGUCCUGUCCACCCACCUGCCGGACCUGGUGGAGAAUUUCAGGACAUUAGUGCUGAGGGACUUCAAGAUCCAUGCAGGGCCUGUUGUGCCUAGGCCAGCUCAGAUUUUCAUGGGUACCAUAGGGCUGUCUCAAUAAAUUUUGCACCCAACACAUACUGGUGGUCAUGCCCUAAAUAUCAUCUUUGCUACUGAGUGACUGGAGAAGGAUCUGGGGGUGAUUAUCACCCCAUUGACCCAAGAGAGAGAUCAAAUCUGAUGUAUUUCUGAAUGAUCUGGGGGAUUUUUCAGGCAGCAUGGCUGUUGCUCCUGUUGAGGCCCUAGUUUCAUUUUAAAAUGGCAAGAUAGGGCCAUUGACAUGAUCGCUCCUAGACCAAUUUCAGAACUGUUUUCAGGCUGCUUUACUACCAAAUCAGGUUUGGUCACCCUGGCGGAUCACUUUUAUUGGGAGAGAAACCCUGCAACCUGUGGAUUCUUCUUGAUCUCUGAGACUUUUAGUAUCAUCAUUGACCAUUGUUUCCUGGAACAACUCAGAGGGUUGGGACUUGGAAGCACCUUAUUUCUGUGGGUCUUCUCUCACCUGCUAGGUCAUUACCAGAAAGCAGUACAGUACUUGGAUAUUGUUGCUCAAUCCUGUGUGUGCAGAAGAACCUUGCUCAACCUGCCAAAGGACAGAGCCAUUGGGCAAGUUGAGGGUUCUCAGUGUAGAAAACAUUCUAAAGGUCAGGAAGCUUUUAAUUCCUUCUCGUUCCAAGAAAUGGUGUACAAAGAAGCAUAUACUGAACAGUUAUUACCUGUCAUACGCACAGAAUCCUGACAGGUGUUGUCCUUGCUGGCCGCUUCUGCUGAAAAAUAUUUCUGUAAGCAAAUAUGUAAUUCUGUCACAUGAUGGGGAGAGACAGCAGCCCUAGCAAAGGAAAACAAGUUGCUGCAUGCUGAUUGAAGCGAAGGCAGGAGACCUUGUUUGCGGGGUUGUUUUCUCGCUCUGCUCAGCUGGGAUGCCAGGCGAGCUAGGACCUCCAAAAAUAGGGUCUGCUUUGUAGAUUGUUUCAAAUGGCUUUCUACAGCAAAAAUAAAAAAAAAUAAAUGCAAAUAUGCACAAACAUGUUUGGCAGUAUUCAAAUGACAGUGUAAAAUGUACACUUCUAGCAGAGUGGCUGAUCCAAGGCUAGGUUAGAGCCAAGGGUUGGGCCCGUAGACAGGGAGAGUUAGGGUUAGGGUUGUGUGACGCCAUUGGUCCCCUGCCCAAUAUGUCACUUUAGUUCCUGGCACUAGCAGGAUGUCUCUCAUUUCAAGCUGCAGGAGGCAAACUUUCAAAUCAUUGCUUUGAGGAAUACAUGCACCCCAAGUUCUAUAUAUGAAAAGGGCUCCAUGCCUUCCUAGUUUAUGAAAUAAGGCCUCCAUGCCAGCUAUGGGUCUUUGGGUUGCUGGUUUUAGCUGCCUUCAUUCUGAGAUGAAAAGCCAGUUUCUAGCCCAGUAAUUUGCUCAUCCUGAUCUAAUUGUGUAGUGUUCUCAUGCUUUGUAAUAUCAAAGGCAAAUGGGACAUGCUUGCAUUCAUUGUCACAGUGUCUGUAAACAGGGGGUUCCUUACAAAACCCAGAAUAACACAAAGCAGAGCUGUGGGAUGUCUCAUUACUGCUCCUUGCAGUUGCACUGUUUACCGUCCAGUGCCUGCUGAGGUACCCAAGGAAAGUAAGAUUACUCUAGUUUAUUUUUACAGAGUCAGACACUUGGCAGAUUUCUUCAGGAAGAGAGGGAAGAUAAACCUCUUCUCAUCAGGCUGCUCUGAUGUGGAUGCUUUUUGGUUGAUAGCCAGUUCUAAAGGGGCAGGAGGACGGAUAUAAUUGGGAAUGGCCAUUCUGUCCUGAGCCAGUUACUUCUGGAAUCCACUGGCUGAUUUAAGAAAGAAAAGUUUCCAAGGUUGGGAGAUGCCUUUCUAGGGUACAUAGGGUUAUAUCCAGUGCCAGUCAUAAUGGAGGAGACACACUGAAGUUAAUCAGAGUGGCUAACUAGGUGUCUACUUGAUGGGAUACAACCCUUUGCUGUUAAGUUUAGGAUGUGAGACCACUUUCAUUCUGUGAGGUGGCAGCUCUGGAAGUGGGAAAUGGGUGGAAAGGCAUUGAUGUUUUGGCAAAGAGGAAAUGCAUGUAUUCAUAGUUUCCACCAUUUUCACCACAUAAUUUGGGUAAUAUUCUUGCUUAUUCAAAACUCAAGAUACAACAAAAUGCAGCAAGUUAGAGCUAAACAACUUAAGGAAAUGCAUACUUUCCUUUAAAAGACUGUACAUUCUGAAGUUUUGCUGUCUGCACAAUUUGAACUGAACUUCAGCGUAGAACUGAAUUUCCAUGCAUUUCUCUCCUGUUGAAGAUAGCUGUGUAUAUUAUGAAAAACCCCACAAAGGUUGCCAAGAGGUUCUGGAAAGCAGGGCUAACAGUGGGCUUUGCAAACAGUGGUUUGCAGAAUCUGGGGCUGCUGGGUUCUGGGAUCUAAACAUGCAGAUUGUGGAGCAAGCUUGACCCAUUAACUAUUGCACAUCGACAGGUGGGGUGUAAAUUGAAACCCUGACUUAUAUUCAAAAGGGGGAGGGUGGAGGGCAGGGCAGCUCAGUUACCAAAUCUCAUGGCAAAUAGCAUGAGCGGAAUAUCCUCAAAAUAGCCAUGGGGAAAGAUAUAUAACGGGAGACACCGCUGGAAAUAGUUCAGUCCUCAACAGGAGAUCACCCACACAUGCUCAGUGUUUUCCAAGGAAGUCCCAUCAGGAGCAGAAAUCAUAGCUAACAUCCGACCAGUCUUUCAGGUGCAAGCGUUACAGAGAAGAUAAUCCUUUGGGUCUCAAGGCACUUCAAAGUCGUCUGGGUUGCCGUGUGCUUUUUUUUUAAUGAUUCCUCAACACCAUCUUUCAGUCCUGUCUCGCUGGUCUCUUGCUCUUCCUUCUACCUCUGCCACAAUGAAGUAUUACUACCCAGACUCACUUCCCAGGUAUAGGCGAUAUACACGAGGCCUGAAAACUGUGCGUUUCCCCAAUGACGUUCUCUUCCUGGACCAUAUUAGGCAGAGUGAUCUGGAGCAGGUGGGCCGUUUCAUCCGUGCCAGGAAGGUCACCUUGGACACUAUCUACCCCUCAGGUAUGGCUGCCCUCCAUGAAGCUGUGCUUUCUGGGAACCUUGAUUGCGUCAAGCUGUUGGUGAAAUAUGGUGCUGACAUCAAUCAGAAAGAUGAGGAUGGCUGGACACCCCUACACAUGGCUUGCAGUGAUGGUCACACUGAUAUUGCAAGGUACCUUAUCUCUAUUGGGGCCCAGCGUGAUGCUACCAACGAUGAAGGGGAGAAGCCAUCCGACCUAAUUGACCCAGAGUACAAGGAGCUAGUGGAGCUUUUCAAAGCAGCCCGAGUAGACUAAGCUUGUGCCGCUCAGCUCUUUCCCAUGUGGAGUUCAGCCUCCAUGGCAGGCAGCAGCAUUUGUUGCAUGCUGCAAGGAGGCUAGCAAAACUGCCCCUACUACGUUGGCAAGAGUGUACAGCCUCCUAAAAGAGACCACAGUUUGGUUGUAAUGUGUAUGUAUGAGAGUGGCUACCUUGGGGUUUAUCAGAGAGCUAUGCUUGGGAUAGCCCUUCCAGAAAAUGUAAACUUCUCUACCAUGUGGCCCAUUUUCUGGUACCUGCUACGGUCAGGCUUUAGUUAAAAUGAGUCUAAUGGCUGGGACACACUGGCCCAAAUGGCACUGUUGUGGUUCACACAGGUGAUUAUGAAAUGAACUGGACUGGGUACCAAUUUGUGUGAACAUAUACCUUCCAUUCUGGCAAUGACUGAUUUGAACAGUGCUCUCUCAAAGACAUUCAACCUAUUCAAGCCUGAAGAAUCCUCACACGGUUAUGACAAAGAGAAAAUAGCCCCAACUUCAAGCUGGUAUCUUUCUGCUGUAUAUAUUAUCCUAAAAAUGUCAUGUAUAAAGUCUCAUAUGUUUGCUCCUAGAUUUGCUUUUCUACUGUUAUUUUUUAUGUUGUUCUGAAACAGCUUUUUAUUUUUUCAAUAAAGUAAUUUCCACAACCUUGGGUUAUAUUUAUUCCCUCUACUCUUGGGAAGGGUAGCCACACUUCUUGCCCAGCCACUUUGCUUCCCAGUUUGCCCUUAGACCAGGCAUCCCCAAACUGCAGCCCUCCAGAUGUUUUGGCCUACAACUCCCAUGAUCCCUAGCUAGCCGGACCAAUGGUCAGGGAAGAUGGGAGUUGUAGUCCAAAACAUCUGGAGAGCCGAAGUUUGGGGAUGCCUGCCUUAGACGGUUCCCUAGCUGUGAGACUUUGGAUAUGAAAUGAGGAAAUGAAUUCCAAAGAAAAGUAGAACAGCUUAAAAAGCAGAACAAGAUAUAGUGACUAAUGCCUCAAAGUUCUUAUUCGUACAUAUCUAGCUGCUUAACUUUGAUGGAGUACAUGUAUUAACCUUGAAGUUGUCCAUGAGACAUUGUUGCUGCUGCACCGUUAUUUCAUUCUGUUAAGUAAGGGUCAAUGUCCUCCUAGUGGUGCAGUAAGAAAAUUGUUAGCACAUUUGCAAAGCUAAGCAGGGUCUUGUAUGCUUUCAGAUUAGAUGUUGAGAUUCCUGCACUGCAGGGAGAUGAACUUUAUGACCCUUGGGGUCCCUUCCAAUUCUACAGUUCUGUAUUAUAAAAUUAUGUAACUUGGGUAUUUUUUGCAGCACUUAUAAUAUGUGCUUCUCGGCCUUUUGGCUAAGAUCAAGUGUAGUAUCUGUUCUUAUCAGCUUAAUAUCUGAUAUGUCCUCUAUUUGAGGACUAUAUAUUAAAUGGAAUUUUGGAGCUGGGAGAUGGAAUAGGGGCUUGCUCCAUCUACUCCAUGCAUUGACCUGGUAGGGACGCAGGUGGCGCUGUGGGUUAAACCACAGAGCCUAGAGCUUGCCGAUCAGAAGGUCAUCGGUUCAAAUCCUUGCGAUGGGGUGAGCUCCCGUUGCUUGGUCCCAGCUCCUGCCAACCUAGCAGUUUGAAAGCACGUCAAAGUGCAAGUAGAUAAAUAGGUACCGCUACAGCGGGAAGGUAAACGGCGUUUCCGUGUGCUGCUCUGG